GGGAAGGACUAAGGAGUUCCGAAUUCUCAGGGAAGGACUCUCCGGCCGAUUAUAAAUAGCAACCCCAUUUUCCAAGCUCAAAAUGACACCACACACCCCCAUUCUCCUUCUUCUUCUUCUUCACCCAGAUUUCGUUUCUUGGUCUCUCUUUUCUUCUGUGAUUCUUCUUCCCCUGGUUUUGAUUCAAGAUGACCAUCCUCAUUGAGCAGCAGCAGCAGCAGCAACCUGAGUUUGGAGUUGAAGUUGGAGGAGGGAAGGAGGUUAUUGUCGAUGAGAAAGAAUUGGUCUUGGAUGGUGGAUUUUUGGUGCCACAUACCAACUCAUUUGGACAAACUUUUAGGGAUUAUGAUGCAGAAGGUGAGAGGCAACCAAGUGUGGAGAAAUUCUACAAGAUCAAUCACAUUCACCAGACUUAUGACUUCGUCCAGAGAAUGAGAAAAGAGUACAGCAAAUUGAACAGGGUGGAGAUGAGCAUAUGGGAAUGCUGUGAACUUCUCAAUGAGGUUGUAGACGAGAGUGAUCCGGACUUGGAUGAACCUCAGAUUGAGCAUUUGUUGCAAACAGCUGAAGCCAUUAGAAAGGACUAUCCCAAUGAAGAUUGGCUACACUUGACUGGCCUUAUCCAUGAUCUUGGGAAGGUGCUUCUUCUUCCUUGCUUUGGGGAGCUUCCUCAAUGGGCUGUUGUAGGUGACACUUUCCCAGUCGGUUGUGCUUUCGACGAAUCCAAUGUUCACCAUAAGUACUUCAAGGAGAACCCCGACUACAACAAUCCGGCUUACAACACUAAACAUGGGGUUUACUCUGAUGAGAGGUGUGGACUCAACAACGUACUGAUGUCAUGGGGGCAUGAUGACUACAUGUAUCUGGUGGCCAAAGAGAACAAGACAACUCUACCUUCAGCAGGUCUUUUCGUCAUUAGAUACCACUCGUUCUAUGCUUUACACACAGCAGGAGCCUACAAGCACUUGAUGAAUGAAGAGGAUGUCGACAACUUGAAGUGGCUUCAUGUAUUCAACAAGUAUGACCUUUACAGCAAGAGCAAAGUUCGGGUUGAUGUUGAGAAGGUGAAGCCGUACUAUCUCUCACUCAUAGAAAAGUACUUCCCAACUGCCAAGCUAAGAUGGUGAACUAUAUGCGAGUGGAUCGAUAUGAGCAACUCGCUACAAACAAUAGAUGAGAUUUGGAGCUGUAGUUGCUUUUCCUUUAUGUUUUAUAAAUCUAUAGCUCCUAUGUAUAAUCUUUUAUGUAUGAUGUGUGAUGUAUUACAAUUAUUUUGUUUUUCUUCAAUAAAAUGCUUUGAUGAUAGUACCUCCUGAUGAAACUGUCUAUAACAACUGAAUAAUAGUCCCUCUUUUAUUUU